GCGGUGCUCUCGUUCCCAAUUGACCACUUCGCACUUCGCACUUCGGUAGCAACCAAUAGCCACCAUGCAGACUGUGCUGGCCAAGUCGUCCUUCAUGGGUGCUCGCCCGUUCGGCGUGGCUGGCAAGGCUAAGUGGACGAUGGACAAGAAGCUGCCUUUUUCUCUGCCCUCGUUCGGUUUGGAGAAGAAGAGCGGCACUGUUGCUGCCAAGCCGAAGGCCGGCACUGCUACCACUAAGCCCGCCCCGAAGGCGACCACUAAGAAGGUUGCCUCUUCUUCCGGUACCCGCUCUGGUGGUGUUGGCUACCGCAAGUACCAGGGCGACGCUCUGUGGCUGCCGAACACUGUGCGCCCGGAGUGGCUCGAUGGCAGCCUGCCCGGUGACCGCGGCUUUGACCCUCUUGGCCUGGCCAAGCCGUCUGAGUUCGUGGUGAUUGGCGUUGACGAGAACGACCAGAAUGCCGCUAAGAACAACAAGGGCUCUGUUGAGGCCGUCGUCACCGCUACCCCUGAUGAGGUUAGCGCUGAGAACCGCCUGGCUCCCUACUCGGAGGUUUUCGGCCUGGCCCGCUUCCGCGAGUGCGAGCUCAUCCACGGCCGCUGGGCUAUGCUGGCGUGCCUGGGGUGCCUAGUUGCUGAGGCCACCACUGGCGUGUCCUGGGUUGACGCUGGCAAGGUCGAGCUGGACGGUGCCUCGUACGCCGGCCUGUCUCUGCCGUUCAGCAUUACCCAGCUGAUCUGGAUUGAGGUGAUCCUGGUCGGUGGUGCUGAGAUCUACCGCAACACGGAGACCAACCCCGAGAAGCGCUGCUACCCGGGCGGCUUCUUUGACCCCCUGAAGCUGGCCAGCGAGGACGAGGAGCGUGCCUUCCGCCUGAAGACCGCUGAGAUCAAGCACGCCCGCCUCGCAAUGGUCUCGUUCUUCGGCUACAGCGUCCAAGCCUUCACCACUGGCGAGGGCGCCCUGGGCUCGCUGGCGAAGUUCGCUGACGGCCUGAACAACGGCAAGGCCCUCUAAAUGAUUUGACAUGUGUCUUUUACGGCCCCUAGUUUUGCUGACCUCGCAUUUCGGAUGUCUUGAGGUGGCAUAAUAAGCUGGAUGCUGCUGUUUUGAGGACAUGUCGUUGUUUUUGCACCCGGGAAGCGUGUCUGAUGUCAUGUGGAUUUGGUGGCAUUUGCCUCUUUGUAAGAUACGAGAAGAAUAUUCGUGUGCAGUGCCGAUUAAACCAUACUGGCAGUGGAUUUGUUUACAUCGGCACUUCAGUGUGGUCUAGUGCGCAUAUAUGAAGAGGACAAUCAGCCUGCAUAGGGCGAAAACCCUCUUGACCUGCCUAGAUCAGUAUAGGUUUGGGCUCUUAGGCCUGUAACGUGUAAACUGUCGCAAUGCCG